GCCAAACAUUUAUUCUGAAGGCAAUAAACCGGAAGUGUGUUGAAACGAACACCGUCCCGCGCACAGUCUAUGGUCCCGCGUAGUUCGGUUUUAGUUCUACAAACAUGUUUCUUUUUGUGCUUUUUAUUUCAAUCUUUUUUACUCCUUUUUGUUUGUCGGUCAACAGAAAUGACGCACCUAUAAUCGGUGUUCUGGCCCAGGAGCUGCGUUCAUCCAGAACGUCCCAGCGGGCUUACAUCGCUGCUUCUUAUGUGAAGUUCCUGGAGGCAGCUGGGGCCAGAGUUGUUCCCGUAAUGAUCAACCAGGCACCAGAGGAAUACAAGAAACUGUUCAACUCCAUUAAUGGAAUCCUCCUGCCAGGUGGGGGUGUAAACAUCACCUCAUCCGGCUACGAGCGGGCUGCAAAAUUUUUUUAUGAGCUUGCUAUUGAGGCCAACAAGAGGGAAGAUUAUUUUCCUGUGUGGGGUACCUGUCUCGGGUUUGAGCAGCUGAUCUAUUUGACGAGCGGGAAGAACUUACUGACAAACACCGAGACCAGCGGCCUUGCUCUGCCCCUGAACUUCACCAAAGAGGCCAAAACCAGCAGGAUCUUUCAAGCGUUUCCUGCUGAACUCAUGGCAGAUUUAUCAUCUGAGCCUCUGACUGUAAAUUCUCACAAUUGGAGUUUGGCUGUGUUGACUUACAACAAAAAUGACGAAUUAAGGAAAUUCUACAAAGUUGUUUCUACAAACACAGACGGAAACGUGGAGUUUGUGUCAACAAUGGAAGCAUACGAUUACCCGAUUUACGGGACUCAGUGGCAUCCAGAGAAAAAUGCGUUUGAGUGGUCGAGACCUUAUAAUCCUCAUUCUCCUUCAGCAAUCAGGACAACCUUUUACAUGGCUGAAUUCUUAGUCAGUGAGGCGAGGAAGAACUUCCACACCUUUGAGUCAAAGGAGGAGGAGAGCAAGGCUCUGAUAUACAACUACAACCCCAUUUACACUGGGACCACUGGUUACUUUGAGCAAAUGUAUAUUUUCUGACGACAUCUUUGAGAAGCAGUUUGGUUUGAUGAAGUAUUGAAAUGUUUACCGAAAGUUGAUAUAUAUAUAUAUAUAUAUAUAUAUAUAUAUAUAUAUAUAUAUAUAUAUAUAUGUAUAUUGUUGUGUUUAAUGAACUAAUGUUCAUGUAUACACUGGAAAUAUAAAAAUUUAUUCCAUUAUUUUUUGCUGUUCACAAUCCAGCGCUUGUCUCCCGGUAGCCUCCGAUGUGGCUUUUUGGAUGCUUAUGAGAUUGCGCUGGUUCUUGUCUGACUAGAUCUGCUCUUGCUCUGUUUUUUGGACACCGAACUGCUGAAAAACUCAUUUAGUUAUGCGAGUUUUCCUGUUCUUUCCAGCUGGAACUGGAGAAAGGAAGUGGGAUUAGCUAAUCCACCAACAUGGUUGGAAGUACGAUUUUUAGUUGGAAUCACACACAUCAGUUUUAUGAGUACUAAUUUAAAAUAAGACUCCCCCUUCAGGGUGUUCGCAGGUCCUUAAAAAGUCUUAAAUUUGCUUUUCCAAAUUUAAGGCCCUAAAAAUCCUUAAAAAUUACAAAUAAUCCUUAAAUACAAUUUCCAAAGGUCUUAAAUUACCAAAGACCCAAUAAACAAGAUUCUUUUAUUUCUAUAAAAUUUUCGUGAAUUUCUAGUCAGUGUUCAGCUUUUUUAGUGUAUGAUGUUGACAUAAGCGGAACCGUACACAUUCAGUUGGUUGUGAAGGGGGUCUCUUUAAAUGAGCACAUUAGCUGAUUAAGCUAGUGGGAGAAUGGGGCCAUGGGGAAGUGCAAGUUUAAUGGUAACUGGAUGGCUAAUCCCACGUCCGUUAGCACCGGUUCCAGUUAAUAACAUGGUAAUUAUAGCUUAAAUUUAAUUUUAAAAAUAGCUUAAAUUUGGUCAAAGUGGCCUUAAAAAAGCUCUUAAAAAGUCUUAAAUUUGGCUCCUUUAAACCUGCAGAUACCCUGCCCUUUAUAAAUGGCUAAUAAAUAGUUAAUAGACUAACAUGUGACACUUUAAAAAAGUGUUUAUUAAGCAUUUAGGGAAGGAAUGAGACAAAACUUGUCUAUUUUCUUGCCAAAUAGUGAUCAAAUCUGUUUUUCAUCGAGAGUUGAUUUCAUCAUCAAACUUUAAUUACAUUCAGGACGAUACACCAAAGUGCUGAACAGUACACACGACUGAACAAAUAAGAACAAGGGUAACCAAGUAUUGAGUUAAAAUAUCAAUUAGCUAGCAGCAAGAUACCUCUGAACACGCUUAUAAAACAGCUAACGAAACCCCCUAAACCAUAAGUUAAUGUGCAGGUUGAUUUAAAAAAAAAGUGUCUUGAGCUUUCUCUUAAACAUUACGAGCUAAGGGACUAACCACACUGACAAAGGCCUUAAUAAACAUAUCUUACUACAUAUCUUACAAAUUUACAAUUUACUCUUCCAUUUAGGCUAGCUGUACAUUAGGGCUGUCGCGGUUGAGGAAUUCCCCCUGCGGUGAGUCAGGGCAGCUCAAUAUUGCGGUAUGCGAUAUUAUUGCACCCCGUUUUUAUUUAUGUACUUAGCAAAUUUGUUUGUUAAUUACUAAACUCAUGGCAAUAUUUCCUUUGAAACAUUGUGCUUACACAUUUAAAAAAUGUUAGAAAAAAUACAUGGCCAUUUUUGACACUUUAUUAAAUGCAGAUCGAAGGGCAGUAACGGCAUUCUCUGACUGAACUUAAAAACAACAUUCAGGAGGUUUAACUUUGAAAUGCAAAUUUGGCUUCAACAUCUAACAAAAUGAGAUGUCCCAGGCACUGUCAGUUCACUUUCACACACAAGAAUAACGCCGGGGACACACCGGCCGCGGAAGCGCCGAGAAGCGAAUCGCUCACGAAAUUCGUUCGCUGCUCGCCGCUCCUCAGUUCAGAUCAGACGCUUAGAAUAGCUUAACAAGGGCGCCGAAUGAAGGCGGUCCCAUUUUCGCGGCGCUUCCGCGGCCGGUGUGUCCCUGGCGUAACUGUGAUUUAUAACUCGGUCAUGUCCUUGUUACGCGCAAGGAACACCAGCAUGUUAACCUUAUGCGGUUUGAGAGAGGAUCUGAGAGGGGUGACAACAUUUCCAGCGACACUAAAAACCCUCUCGGAUGGUGCGCUUGUUGCGCAAAUACACAUGUACUUACAUGCGACUUUGGAGAGCAAUGGAAAUCUCUCGUGGUUGUUGCGCCACCAUGUCAGAGGGUUUUCAUUAGGGUCAAUGGGUUCCUCCUGCAGGUAGCGAGUGAGCUCCAGCUCGGCUCUAACUCUCUUCGGGACAGUUGCAGAAGACGUCCUUGUCCGUGACUUCAGCAGGUCUCUAAGCGUUUUUUUCUUUGCCGCUGGUGGCAGCACUGCCUGCUCCAAGGUCUGGCUGGGCUGCAGCUGACGCACUGACACCGCUCCCUCCAUCUUCCAUGUGUACUAUCUCCUCGAUCAGCGCGGACUUUUCCUCUCAGCAUGCGCUGUCGCGAGAUUUAAUCAAGUGCGGUAAUGGCGGUGGCACGUCAUGCAGCGCGGUGGGUUUCUUAAUAUCGCGAUAUUUUCUUCUUGCGGUUACCGCGACAGCCCUACUGUACAUAUCGAAAACACAGUCAUAGUGCAAUAUAAUUAGUUAGAACAUGUUUCCAAAUACUCGGUGCUUAUAAGUUUGUAACUUGGUGUGAAAUGUUUGAGAUGGCAGCUCAAAGUGUAACGAUAAAGGUGAAUAGAUUUGGCACACUAUUUGGCAAGGACCCUCUCAAUGUAUAAAAACACUUAUUGAUUUAUAAAGUUUUGACAUAUUAACAUAUUUAUGAAUAUGUAUUGGCUGUUUAUGAGGAGAGUCUUAUGGUUUGUUUGUGUAUAAGCAAUCUGACCCUGGCCUUAUGAACAUAUGUAGCCAAAGUGUUGAACGGACCAUUUCAGAGUGCCUUCAGUGCAGGUUUUGUAUUUUUUUUUACCUGCUAGUAACCUGAGGUUAUAGAUUAGUAUUUAUUACCACCCCAGAUAUGGGUAAAUGUUGGACUUUCAGCUAUUUAGCAGUAAUAAUGCAAGUCCAAAGUUAUCAUGCUGUAAAAGUUCUUAUCCAGAUCCAGGACUUUGGACCAUCCAGUGGUUGUGCUCGUUCCGAUGUUCCCCAAAGGUAACACCAUUGUGUUCUGGUGAUGGUUCGUGGUUUGCAGAGCACAUAUCAAAGGGACAGAACCUUUAUGAGCUGUAGACGGUGUCAGAAGACAGUAAUGACUGAUAAAAUAUCUACUUCUUUUUUUUUUAUUCUAACACGUACUUUCAUGCCACAAUUCUUUAUUUUCUCUUUAAGCUUUGGAUAACAAAGUUGAACAUCUUGGAAAAAGUCCUUCCCCGUAGAAAGAAAGUUUGUUUCCGUUGGCGUUUAUAAAGUCCACUUUCAACUCGGUUCAACGACGGCAACAGGAGAACGAAAAUGAACAAUCAAAUGUAACUUCCAAAAUGCGGUAUGCACAGAUAACACUCAGGUAACAAUUGUUUUAUCUUUUUAGAAUAAAAUGAUAUUAGAAUAACAUUUACACAUCAAGCUGACAAGACUGUGAUCUCAAUCACAUUAAUACUGGAAAUGUUUAUGCAGUUCAAGAGGAAACAUUCAAGAUGUCAAAAAUGACCAUAAUGAGAGAUAUGGCUGUAAAAUAAUACCUGUGAUCAUGCACCGAGUGCAACAAAAACCAUUCAGAUGAUUUAAAAAUAAAGUUGUGCCUCAAAUUUUUUUAGUUAACUAUUUUUAGCUAAAGAUUUGCCAGCGCAGGCUGCGCAGUGGUUAGAGCUGUUGCCUUGCAGCGAGAAGGUCCUGGGUUCGCUUCCCGGCCUGGGAUCUUUCUGCAUGGAGUUUGCAUGUUCUCCCUGUGCAUGUGUGGGUUCUUUCCGGGUACUCCGGCUUCCUCCCACAUUCCAAAAACAUGACUGUUAGGUUGAUUGGUCUGUCUAAAUUGUCCUUAGGUGUGUGUGUGUGUGCGUGAUUGCUUGUCCUGUGUGUCUCUGUGUUGCCCUGUGAUGGACUGGCUCUCUGUCCAGGGUGUACCCUGCCUGAUUGCCCAUUGACCACUGGAGAUAGGCACCAGCCCCCCCACGAACCUACGUGGACAAGCGGGUUCAGAAAAUGGAUGGAUGGAUUUGCCAGAGCUCAACACAUUCUUACAAGCUAGCACAGUCUUUGUUUUCAUACUUAUGCCAGGUGAAAAAAAAUCCCUUUUUGGUAAUCUCCUAUUUUGAACAUUUCAGAUAAAACUGUACACUUUUAAUGUAACGUCACUGUACAAUUUUUAAGGAAAAAAGGUGAAAUUAAGAUUUAAUUUUCAACAACUGGCUAAAAAAAUUGGGCAUAAAAUCUGGAGUGGUACAAAAAAGCUAAUCAUCUUAUUGUUUGAAAGUUUUGUAAAUUAUCAACCAGCAAUUUUAAGAUGUCACAAAGUCAGUUUCAUGAAUUGGAUUUUACAGGCCAUCAAACAAAGUGGUGUGUGCCAGUAAAACAAACUAGAACAUGCUAAGAGCAAAAUUCAAAAGCCAAGCUGGGCCAAGGGUGCAAGCACGGUUCUGCAGAAGUUUGAGUGUUAGUGGUUGGUGAAAAAUAGUCAAGUUUCCCCAAAUCACCAUUGUCAUUUAAAAUGUCUUUGGAAAAUAAAAAGGGCAAGUCUACAAUAAUUAGAUUGUUCAUCUCGGUUUAAAAAAAAUAAAGGUGGUAAUCUAGCUGCUGUCUCGACUAAUAAAUGAGGAAACAAGCUUGAUUGAUUUUAUAGCCAAAUCAAUCUGCAGCUAUUACUCAAAACGUUUAAUUGAAUUGUCAUUUUUGCUAGCAUAGUUUAAGAAUAAAUGUUCUAUCCAUGCUUGAGAGCUGAUGAAUGUAAUUUUGUUUUGAAUAAUAAUAAAAAAAACUUUUGA